CGCUGAGCACAAAAGAACAUACGUAUGCUUUGAAUAAAGGAGUGAUUGGAGACAUUAGAAUUUGGCAAAGCAUCAUGUGAUGCUCGUUCAUUCUUCUCUCAUAACAUAACUAACACUGUUCAUAACGUUUCCUAUCAUUUCAAGUUUAACUGUUUCAUCGUUCUCCAAAACUAAAAGAGUAAACAACACAAUUCAAGUGUACCCUUUUCAAGAAUUUCAAAUAUUUUAAGGCUACAACCCAUAGUUCAAACAAUAAAGAAAGAAAAUGGGGGUUAAGAUUGAUCCACUUGUUGUGUAUUUUCAUCUAUGGCUAAUAGGCGCAGAAAGAAGAGCAAGUUGAGGUUUUGUGUUGAGUUAACAAGCUGUGCUUGCAAAAAACGGGUUUUUAGCAUCUGGGUGUGUAUAGUUUUCAAGUUUUAUCUUCUCUAAUAAAGGUUGAAGUGCUCUAAGUUUGAAUCUUUUGUACUUGAGGGGCUGAAAGCAAGCAAUGGAGCCUCCAACAGGAUUUUGGGCUUCAAUAUGGAGCUUUGUGCACUUCCUGCCUUUUUUCAUUGGUCUUUGGCUUCUAGGCAACAUAAAAGGUGUCAUUUUCUGCCCAUUGAUAUGCUUUAUAAUCUCAGUCAGCAACUCAACCAUCAUACUUGGUCUUUGGCCGAUACAUUGCAUUUGGACAUAUUACUGCGUAGUGAGAUGUAAACAAUUUGGGCUUAUACUGAAGUUUGUUAUAUGCACAUUGCUACUGCCGUUGUUGUUGAUUUUAUGGCCAGUGGUUGGCAUUGUUGGGAGCAUUGUAGGUGGAGCAGCCUAUGGAUUUCUUGCACCAAUAUUUGCUACUUUUGAAGCUGUAGAGGGAGGAAAAGAGAACAAAAUUUUUCGUUGUUUUACGGAUGGAACAGUGACCACCAUUGUAAAGACCUUUGAUAUUAUCAAGGAUGUAAUAAAUGAAUGCUACCAUACUUAUUUUUCAGUUAUGGAUGACUUGCUACAAGAGGGGCAUCCAGAUAGGAAAUACUAUGAAAUCAGGCUGCGUUAUCUUCCUGGUGCUGUUGUAGCUGCAGUUUUUGGGAUCAUAGUUGAUAUGCCAAUUAUAUCAUUUGUUGCCACAUGGAAAGGCGUUUACAUGCUUUUUAAAGGGUGGAGUCGUUUGUUUCACGAUCUCAUAGGUCGUGAAGGCCCUUUCUUGGAGACAAUUUGUGUGCCUUUUGCAGGCUUUGCUAUUCUUCUGUGGCCACUGGCUGUUGCUGGGGCAGUUUUGGCAUCCAUGUUAGCUAGUAUCUUUCUUGGUGCCUAUGCAGGUUUUGUUGCUUAUCAGGAGUCUUCUUUCUUCUUUGGCCUUUGUUUCAUUGUUGCAGCUUUGUCCCUUUAUGAUGAAUACAGUAAUGAUACUCUUGACAUGCCAGAAAGAUCCUGCUUCCCAAGGCCUCAAUAUAGAAAAAAGACUGAAGUGUCACGGACACCUUCCCCUUCAAAUUCUUUCUCAGGAACAAAGUCCUUUAACAAGACUUUUUCUCGUACGUUUUCACUGACAAACAAUAUAUCCGAGUUGAAACCAUUUGAGCUGUUGGAUAGCUUGUUCGAGAAGUGCCAUCAACUGGCAGAAACCCUGAUUUCUGAAGGGCUAAUAACACAUGAAGACAUACAAGAAGCCAUAUCUGGCAAAAGGAGCAGAAUCAUUACUAUUGGUUUGCCAGCAUAUUGCCUUCUCCAAGUACUUUUGCGUUCUGCAAAAGCCAAUUCCAAUGGUUUAUUGAUAAAUGAUGAUACUGAACUGACUACCACAAACAGACCAAAGGAAAAAUUUUUGGAAUGGUUCCUUAAUCCCCUUCUGAUCAUUAAAGACCAAAUCAAAGCUGAAAAUCUUACUGUGCAAGAAGAGGAUUACCUCUGCAAAUUAGUUCUCUUGAAUGGUGAUCCCAAAAGGGUAAACCAUUCAAUUAUUGGUCCAGCCCCGGAAUCUGAUCGCAAACGUGCUGAACUUGAUGCAUUGGCUAGAAGGCUCCAAGGGAUCACCAAAUUUAUCACAAGGUUCCCCACCUACAAGCGGCGCUUUGAUACUAUUGUAAAUUCAUUAUCUGAUAAGCUUGCUGAGAAGCAUGGAGCUCCUAAAAUAAUCAGAUCAAAGAGUGCUUUUCCUCGGCUUUAUAGCAAGAAAUCAUUCAAAGGCAAUAGAACUAACGGUUCUGAUCAAGAGUCUGAACAUAUAAGAGAUUUGGAAAUUUCAUUAUGAGACUAUCAUGUUACAAAUUUUAUCAUGAAAAACAAAAAUGUAUAUCAUGUCUUGUUUAUAGGUCUUGUAAAUUUGCCUGAUUUUGUUAGUAUCAUAUUAAUAUUGCUGACCCUGCCUGAUUGUUGUACAUACCUAUUUAUGCAAUGGAAAUGACAAUGAAAAAUGAGCAGAACAUGUAUGUAUAUGUCAUUAUGCCUUCAAAAUAAUGCAAUUUCCUUGUCACCUUCC